ACUUGUGCGGCUCUUUGAUGCCUGACAGCGUACUCAAUUAUGCCUCGUGGGCCCCGGGCUGCCUGCCUAGCUGUCCAUCAUCUGGUAAACUGCUUAUACCUAGUCUCUAUUUUUUACUUCAUGUGCAUUGUGGCGUCGGCACCCAUGUUAUGAAUAUUUAUUUCACGAUGCUGCUGCUCUGGCCUAGUUUCAUUCUUUCGCUGCUGGCCCUGUCGUUGCUAUCUCGUGCUAGCCGAGGGGCAUUCUCUCCUGACACACAAACGCCUGUCACGUCUCACUUCCGCGUUUAUAGCCACAGCGUGCCAACCAGCAUUCUACUUUACAGAUCGACAAGUCUGCGAACCGCUAUUUCUAGCCAAUAUUAUGAGCCAUACGAUAUUAAUGGCAUCCAAUCGCUCAAUCUCUCAUCAAACUAUGAGAGCACAAACAGCAAUAUCUUUGUAUUUAUGGCCUUUGGCGAUCGGUCGUCAGUUAUACACUCACCUACCACAAAAUCUCAGUACAACAUAGGCACACCAUGA